CGCGCCUCACGACGAUCUAGAGAGGAAGGGAAGUGGCUCUGUCUCGUAGGGGAUAGCAGCGUCAGCUUUCCUCGCCCUCCUCCCACCACCUGGUAAUCCAUGGUCUCUCAACCCAGAUCGGGUUCUUUCUCGCCAAACCCAGCCGCCCACCCCAUACACACCGGCCUCGCCCACUCGCCGCACCCCUCCCACCACGGUGCGCUGAGCGCGGCUGCCAGCCCCAGUACCAGCAGCCCCACUGGGUCGAGCUCCCUCACCAAGAUUGCUGUCGCCCAGGUCUACUUGCUCCUCAGCACCAUCAAGGAGGACAAGGACGACCCUCACAAGUGGGACGUACAAGCCGAAUCCCUCAGAAAGCUUAUCGAUGAACACGGCAUGGAUGUGUUUUCAAGAUACUUUACGCGACUGGUGGUCGCAAAUGCCUCGCAGAUAUUCCCGAGCCCUAACAGGCCGGUAGCAAAUCCCGGCAACUACCACCUGCUCAUCGCCGAGAUGCGGAAGCUGCUCCUGGAGUUCUCCCAGUCCCGAAUGGUAGCUGAGUCGAUCGAGACUGGUACAGAAGACAUCUUCCGCGAUUUUGACCUGUCUACUUUCAUGGAGCAUUUCAAGCUGGAUGCCCUCGAGAAGACGGUGCUGGCACUUGCCUUCAAGCUUGGGCCAAGGUCGGAACUCAAGACAAAAGCCGAUGCUAUCUUGUCAACCAACUUCUCCUCCUUUCUGAACCUACUCAGCCAACCUGCUGGGGAUCAUUCCGAUCUUCCAAACGACUUCAUCGCUGAGCUGCUCGACCGCUUUAUCCAGGCCCAUCCUCCGAACUUUAAUGCCGUCGCAAAACGGGAGCUGGAGCACAGAGUUCAGAGCCGAUAUUCGCAGUCGCAAGGAGGCAAACCGCCCCCCUCGGAAGUGCUAGCAGCUCUCGACCUGGUGCGCCUGCUUGCAGACAAGCCACCCAAUGCUCUAGCGCUUUACAUGCACCGGAGCGGCCCCGAAUUUACUGCCAACGAAGAGACGUGCUUGGCUUACCUUCAGAACAGGCCAGCCCCCAUCCAGUUGAACGAGGAACAAGUCUCGAUUGCGUUGAUGUACGCAACCAUCAGCCAGACUCCACGGCAUAACCCCUCUGCGCUCGUUGCAGCUUUGAUGCGUAUACUUCCCAGUGGCUUCAGGUGGCAAGACGUGGUUUCCUAUUUCGAUCACGGCGGGGCCCGCAUCACUUCGGCACAGUUCUUGCGGCUGUACAACGCCCUCUUACAAGUGGCGCGGGCCGACAGCGAGCAUUUGAACAUCCAGCGCUUGUGGGGUGGAGAGUGGGAGAACCCCGAAACCCAACUCUCGUUCAUCUGCGCGUUCGCAUCCCUAAAACCAGAGCAGCUGGACGCGACUACGAUCCCUGGUCUAAAGCCCACCUUCACAGUCGCCGAGUAUGCGCAGUCGCACGCCUCGAUCCAAGAGAAGGCCGCCCACGCCGUCAAGCAUCCCUUGGUUUCGGAAGCAGCUCUCUCGGCCGUAUUUAACGUGGCCCUUCACUCGUCGCAUGCCUCCACGAGUAUCGAAGCCGAGCGCCUCUUCCAAGAUGUCGUAGUACCGAAUCUCCCCAUCUUUGUCGUCUCGGCUUUUGGAGUCCCGAAACCCUGGCCCGAGAUGGCAGAAGAGACGCUCUCGACCCUCUUUGAUGGGUUUCUCGCCCGAUCAGAGGAUUCCGACUUUGUCAUGGAUAGUCUGUGGAGGAGGGAUAAAGAGUGGGUGAAACAGCGUUUGAUCGAUGCGCACGCCCUGAAGCCCAUCACUCUGCCGCUUAUAUUUGACCACGCGAUGCGGCAAAACUGGCUCGACGAGCUUGUCUAUCUUCCUAACGGGUUCGGUCUCGAUCUUGCCGCCCUUGCACAUGCUGAAGGCUAUCUCGACCUCCAGCAGUGGGCACGGCGAAAUGCCGAACGCGGCACGGAAAUUGCCAGGGCACUGCUCCGUUUCCUCGUGAUCAAGGGCACUCAAGAGAUGGAAUUCCAGCGGCCUCCGGAGGGUCAAUCACCUGUCAAGACCAGCACAACCCUGCACGUCACAACUGUUUUGGCGCUCCUUCAGAUUUUGGAAGAAUUUCUACCCAAGACGCCAGUUCCAGAGUUGAUCAUGGUCCAACGGCAAUGCAUUACUUCAUAUCCAAGGCUGAUCAAUUAUGGAGAAGGCUUUGACGACAUUAUUCUUGCGAAUGCACGGAAUGGCAACGCGCUGCCUCCGGCUGCCAAUGCCAAAAUGGAGGAGCACUACAAGAAGAUGUACGGCGACGAGAUGCAAGUCCGAAAUGUGGUUGAAGUACUGGAGCAGUACAAGCACUCACGGGAUCCGCUGGAGCAAGAUGUUUUUGCUUGCAUGAUUCAUGGUUUGUUCGAGGAGUACGUCCACUAUGUCGAUUACCCUCUCGAGGCUUUGGCCACCACCGCUGUGCUCUUUGGUGGCAUCAUCUCGCACAAACUAGUAUCGGAUCUGCCCCUGCAGAUUGGGCUGGGCAUGAUUCUUGAGGCGGUCCGGGACCACAACCCAGAGGAGUCGAUGUACAAGUUUGGGUUGCAGGCUCUUAUUCAGCUCUUUGGUCGCCUGCGCGAGUGGCCGGGGUUUUGCAAACAGCUCCUCCAGAUACCCGGCCUCCAAGGAACCGAGGCUUGGAAGACUGCAGAGGAGGUGGUUCGAGAGCAUGAGGAGUCGCUACUACGCUCACGUAAUGGAGGCAACGGCACACAUUCGGUUUUGAUCAGCAACGACAAGCUAUCCAACGGCAACUUGGACGAGGCUCUUGCGCUAGAGCAACACCCGCCUCCCUUUGCCUCGAUCAACGUCGACCCGCCACCUCCAGGUGUCAUGUUCGAAAACCCCAGCAGCGAUGCACAGGGGAAAAUCCAGUUCGUUCUGAACAAUCUCACGGAUACCACGCUGCAGUCGAUGUUUAAGGAGCUCCGCGAGAUGCUGGAGUCCAAGCACCAGCAGUGGUUCGCCAGUCACCUAGUCGAAGAACGGGCCAAGAUGCAACCCAACUACCACCACGUAUACCUCGACCUUGUCAAGCAGUUUGAGGACCGGGCCUUAUGGGGCAAGGUACUGAGAGAGACAUACGUCAGCGUCUCGCGAAUGCUGAACUCGGAACUGACCCUACAAAACACAACCGAGAGGACCCACCUCAAGAACCUCGGCGGCUGGUUGGGACUUCUGACCCUAGCCAGGGACAAACCUAUCAAGCAGAAGAAUGUCGCCUUCAAGCAGCUGUUGAUCGAAGCCCAUGACACCAAACGCCUUAUUGUGGUCAUCCCAUUUGUCUGCAAGGUUUUGAUCCAGGGAGCUUCGUCCAAUAUCUUUAGGCCUCCAAACCCAUGGCUAAUGGAGAUCAUUCAUCUCUUGAUUGAACUCUACCACAAUGCCGAGCUAAAGCUGAAUCUUAAAUUUGAGAUUGAAGUUCUCUGCAAGGGCCUCAGUCUCGAUCAUAAGAACAUCGAGCCUUCUGGGGAAAUCCUCAACAGGGUUCCUAUCGAGGAAGUCGCGGAUAGCAUCGGGCAGGAAUCACUUGACGCGUUCGAGAACCUGCCCUUGAAUAGAAUGCCUAGCGCCGCAAACACUCUUAUUACCCACACACUCCCAUCGAUCCCCGACCUCGGCCCCGGCCUGACUGUUCCGGCAACAGAGGUCGUCAGCCCAGUCAAGCUACGCGAGAUCAUCCUCGGUUCGCUCACAGCAGCCCUGGAGGACAUUAUACAGCCUGUUGUAGAUCGGUCGGUCACAAUCGCUGCCAUUUCAACUCAGCAGAUGAUUCAUAAGGAUUUUGCUACGGAGCCCGACGAGAACCGCGUUCGAAAUGCGGCGAUCAACAUGGUGAAGUCGACCGCCGGCAACUUGGCACUCGUCACUUCCAAGGAACCGCUCAGGGCCAACUUCACCAACCAUCUGCGGAACUUUUCGAGCGACCUGCCACAGGGAUUGCCCGAAGGCAUUAUCAUGCUUUGCGUUAAUUCCAAUCUUGAUCUAGCUUCGGACGUAAUUGAGAAAUCUGCCCAGGAGCGCGCCGUGCCCGAAAUUGAGGAGAUGAUUGAAAACGAGAUGGAGGCCAGGCGCCGCCACCGGCUUCAGCGACCCAAUGAUCCAUUUAUCGACCCAACCCUGAGUCGUUGGGCCAUGACCAUACCUCACCCAUUCAAGCUGAAUCCGAACAUCAACGGCCUGAAUGCCGAGCAGAUGGCCAUCUAUGACGAUUUUGCCCGGCAACCGAGGGUGACAGCCGCUCCGGCUUUAAUCUCGCACAUCCCGUCAAGUUCGGAUGUGAGAUCUCUUGCAAACGAGGUCCUUGGGGACCAGUAUAACUCCGUCUCCAGCCUCCCGACCCCCGCCGAGACGCCCGCGAUGCCCCAUUUGAGCGUACAGCUUCAGCACUACCCCCAAGCCAAUAGCGGAGCCGCGGCAAAUGGACGGCAGACCAGCCUGAACCAGGUAGACGCUAGGAAUGUCGUCGAGAGAGUCGCUAAGCUCCUCGAACAGCUCGCCGCUGCGGCCACAGGUUGCCAAGAAGAACACUUCGCCGAUCUUCCUCGGUCGCAUGCUGUGUUGGAUAUCAUAGAUGCUUUGGUUCAGCUCAUCAUCAAAACCCAGCAGACAUCUGAGGAUUUUGCCUCGUAUGCCGCAACCCAGAUUUCUCAGCUGCUAUUUCGACAGCCCGAAGACAGUCUCUCGCUGGAGUGUCUUGUCCAUGUUCUAGAGACGCUCAGGAAAAUCGCCGGACCUGCGACGAGCCAGCAGAUUCGCACCGUGUUUCACCAGCAUCCAGGACAACUAUUCCUCAAUCUGCCCCUGAUUGCCGCGCUCCUCGGAACCGACCUGCUUGACUGGAGAAGCAUCGAUGCUGCGAUGGCUAAGGCUCUCCAGCAACGGAAAGAUGGGUCUGUCGAGUUUCUGGAGCAGCUGAUGGAUAUCACUCUGCUGAGCGAGAGCCCGCUUGCACUCUACGCCGACUUUGUGCAGAGCCUGGAGGCGGCUUGGGAUUGGAUCACAGAGGAGCCGGAUGUCCCUGCUGGUCAACGCUUCAAGGCGAAAAUCCUCGCGCCCCCACCCGACCUGCCCGCACACUUGACCCAAGAGGAAGUCACGGCAAUCCAACAGGAUCAGAUGGACUACGUCUUUGACGAAUGGGUCCAGCUAUGCAACAACCCGCAGGCUUCGGGCCAGGCUGCCAAGAUUUUUGUGCAACAGUUGGGCUCCCGGCGCGUGGUGAACAGCAAGGACGACUUGUUCAUCUUCGCCCGCCAAGCACUCGACAAGUCGGUUGACCGCUAUGAGCAGGUUGUCCAUUCGGGCGGGAGCUUUACCGAAGGCUAUCAGUCAGUCGAUGCUCUAGUUAAGAUGCUUGUCAUCUUUCUGAAGUCCCUGCCUGAUGGCACCGAUGGGCGCUCGUCGCGUGCUGCUUUUGUCGACUCCACUCUUGCGCUCGGAAUUCUGGUCCUGAAUAGCCAUCACGUCAAGCGAGGAGAACUCUUCAACCAGCGGGUCUUUUUCAGAUUCUUCUCAAUCCUGCUUCAUGAGGUUGGCGCCAUUUUAGACCAGGUUCCUGACGUUGAUCACGACCGUAUCUUCUUAAAGUUUGCGGCGCGCCUCAGUGACCUCAGGCCAAGCCUUUACCCGGGCUUCGUCUUUGGAUGGACGGCCCUCCUAUCCCAUCGGGUUUUCUUGCCUGAAAUUCUGCAGUUGCCUCAAGAUGCCGGCUGGGCGCCGUUUACAAAGCUUCUCGCGCAGCUCCUCUCGUAUCUAGGCGAUAUGCUCAAGCCCCUUGAAGUGUCGGCUCUAGCUAAGGAUAUCUACCAAGCCGCCCUCAAGCUGCUUGUAAUCUUGCAGCAUGACUUUCCCGAGUACCUGGCUGCGAACCAUCUUGAGCUUUGCCAGAGCCUUCCGCCGCAUGCCACUCAGCUCAUCAACAUGAUCCUCGUCGCGAGCCCAGCGUCGGCCGCCAAGUCGGCCGACCCUUUUCAGCCCGGCCUCAAGGUUGAUAGAAUCCCCAAUGUGAGGGAAGCGCCUCUCAACUCUUACGACUUUGUUGGACUCCUUCGCCAGAUUGGGCUGUAUGACAUUCUGGAACAGACGCUGCAGAACGGCCCGGCCGAGGAUGCUAUUGCUCAAAUAAGUCAUGCGAUCAACAGGACUGAGGGCGAUGAUUCAACCUUUGGCUAUGUCCCGAUCAACGUCAAUCGCCAUGUUAUUGACGCAGUUGUUGCCUAUAUUGGCGCCUCUGCCGUUAACCGUGCGACGUCCAAGAGCGACCCCACUGUCUUCGUUCCGGGCGCCUCAGAGAUCAGAACCUUGUACAUGCUUGUGACGGAGCUCUCGCCUGAAGCGAGAUAUUACCUCAUCAGCAGCAUGGUGAACGAGCUACGGUUUCCGAACGCGUCUACCCACUACUUCAGCCAGGCCAUUCUGGACAUCUUCGGGCACGACAUGUCGGACCCCGAGGAGACCGAUAUCCGGCAGCAGAUUGUUCGGGUUCUCCUCGAGAGGCUCGUUGGGUUCUGGCCCCAGCCAUGGGGACUCAUGAUUACUGUGCUCGAACUGAUCAAGAACGACAAAUAUAUCUUCUUUGACCUGCCGUUCAUCAAGGCAGCCCCCGAUGUCGCAGAACACUUCGCGGCUGUCUUGACCUCUAGUGUCUAAGUGGUGCACCAGAGAGUGUAUCACGACCAGGUCGUUGAUCAAAAACAAGCUAGAGCUCCGUCCAGGGCACCGCCUCCGCUGUUUGCAGACGGAUCUAGACACCUUUAUUUUUCUGCGUCAAACCAUUCGCAACCUCGCAAAACUCACACAGUUCCUUGUAUGGCUGUAGCAUUCGG